GACGUGGCGUGACGUCGCCUCCUCCUUCCUGGUCCUCCACGCGAACUUCUUCCGGGAGGAGGAGAAGGGAGAUCGGUGGAGGAGGAAGCGGCGGCGGCUGGAGGAUCGGUAUGAUCGGUGUACUUUCUUCUUUCAGAAUGCCAUUUCACUGAGACAUGUUGGUGUUUGCUUACUUGGUUCUCCUGGGGCUCCUGGCUCUCUGGGUUGUGUUGGAGUUUUCUGCUUGCCAUUCGAAGACAUCUACUACAAGCAGCGCAUUAGGAAACCCGGCCUUCAAAAAGUUUCAACAUGGUUUUUUCAGAGCUUAUUUUCCAGCUUUGGCAGCGGACUGGUUACAAGGUCCUUAUUUAUAUAAAUUAUACCAGCAUUACAAUUUCCUGGAAGGACAGAUUGCCAUAAUUUAUGUGUGUGGAUUUGGUGCUACUGUGUUGUCAGGUUUGGUGAGUGGCCCCCUGACAGGACGACUGGGGCGUAGGAAAUCGGUCAUACUUUUCUGCCUUUUGCUGUCGGCAUGCUACUUAUGCAAGUUGUCCCAGGAUUACUUUGUGCUUCUGACUAGCCGAGUCCUUGGUGGAUUUUCCAGUGGCUUGCUGUUUUCUUCCUUUGAAUCCUGGUAUGCUCAUGAACACGCUGAACGUCAUGACUUCCCUGCAGAGUGGCUCUCUCACACCUUCUCACAAGUGGCUACCUGGAAUGGAGGAAUCUCUAUUUUAGCAGGAAUUGCAGCAAAUGUAUGUGCAGAAUGGCUUGGUCUGGGGCCGGCCUCUCCCUCUGUGCUUGCAGUGCCUCUAUUAGGCCUGGCCAUCGUUCUGGUGUUCCGAGAGUGGGAUGAGAACCAGGGACAGAGUGUCGGCAUUGCCAGAGGCUGUGGUGAUGGGCUGAGAUGCCUUUUGAGGGACCGCAGAGUUGUCCUCUUAGGUGCCAUUCAGGCAUUAUUUGAGAGCGUGGUUUAUAUCUUCAUUUUCCUGUGGACUCCAGUGCUGGAUCCCCAUAACACACCACUUGGAAUCGCCUUCUCUGGCUUCAUGGCAGCCAGCGCAACUGGAUCAUCACUUUAUCGUCUGGCUACAUCAAAGAAAUAUCACUUGCAGCCCAUGCAUAUACUUUGUUUGUCUGUACUCAUGGUUUUCUUCUCGCUUUUCAUGCUUACCUUCUCCACAGGCCCAGGACAGGAGAGGCCAACGGAGUCCUUUCUUGCUUUCCUUCUCAUUGAACUUGCUUGUGGCCUCUAUUUCCCAGCUAUGAGCUUUCUGAGGCGUCGAUUAAUCCCAGAAAAAGAACAGACUGGAGUGUUGAAUUGGUUUAGAGUGCCUUUGAACCUGCUUGCUGGACUGGGGCUUCUUGUACUCCAUGACAGUGACUACCAGAGCGGAACUAGAAACAUGUUCAGCUUGUGUGCUGUCACAAUGCUGCUUGCACUUCUCAGCGUGGUUGGCCUGUUUUCAAUGGUAAGAAAUGACCCUGACCUACGUAUGCCAAGUUCAGAAACUGAGCCCAGUGGACCUGAAAUGUGAAUAUGCUGUGAACGCCAGCAAAACCAAAGCCAAGAAGGGUCUAGAAUUGUGGGUCAGUGCAUGGAAGGACACGUAAACAGAGGGAAAUGUCAUUAGAAUAUUACUUUGCAAACAAAGCAGUGAAUUUGUUCUGAACAGUUUUUAUCAUUCUAAAUGGAAAAUGUUGCUUUCUGUCAUGUGCAUUAAUGAUUACACCACAGGGGUAUGGGGGAACAUUUCUGGGCAUCUGCAAACAGGAGAUUGGGGAUCAAAUGGGUACUGCUUCUGAGACAUAGACAUUUGUUACAUAUUAAAAAUCUGUGCUGAGAGCACUUCUUAUAAAGUG